UGACUAGAGCAUUUCUUAAUAACUAGUUAUUUCAUGAUAUUCCUUAGCCAUAACUAUUUUAACGUCAUCACAUACACAUAUAUAGUCUUUUACAGCAAAAGUAUAAUCAGUUACGACUUAAAUUAAAAUACGCUUAUGUAGAGUUAAUUUACACGUUAGGAACCUAAUAUCAUUUUGGUCUGUAGAAUUUAUUUAUUGUCCCAUCCGCCACGUGAAUUAACUGGGUCUGGUGUGAAGUAAAAUUGUAAAUGCUGGAGCAUUUGGCUAUAUAUAGAAAGAUUCGAUAUUGUCCAAUAAACUGAUGCAUGCAUAUUUUUGUGAAACGUGAGUUACAGGCAGAAAAAUAUGACUACACCGUUUACUACCUACUCACUAUUUCAUGAUAUACACAUCGGUUUAUGUCUAUACUUACUAUAUAUGAUGACAAAAGGGAAAUGUGUGGGGUUAAGUAAAAAAACGUUAACGCAAAUUUCAUCUCUAUAUAUAAACAUCAUCAUAGAAAGAAGUAUACUUUUUACCUCAUAGAAAAUAUACUUGUAAAAGUAUCGAGAGAGAGAGAGAGAAAGAGAAUGGAAGCACUACAUGGAGUUUCUUCUGGAAAGUUUGACAUCAAGUCACCGGCGGACAAGUUCUUUACAUCUUUCACCGACGACAUAGAUAGCACUUUUGACAUAAUAUCGAAGGAGAAGAUCACUGAGUCUGUGGGUUGGGAGAAAAGAACAGUGACGUUGAAUAUGUGUGGAAAUCUAGUCUCGGAUAGCUACAAUACUUUCAAAGCAACCAUCACGGUCACUCCCAAGGAAGAUGAGACCGAUGGUAGCCGUGUGGUGUGGACCGUCGAGUACGAGAAGGUCCGUCAUGACAUUGGAGAUCCAAUGUGGAUCAUCGACAUUCUUAUCAAUUACUUAAAGGAGACUGAUGAAUAUCUUUGUAUGUAGUUUUUUUUAAAUCACAAGGUGCGUAUUUAGUUAGGAUAUAACCUAACAUCUUAGGUGAAAUGGGAUUUAAAUAUGUUUCUACGUUAAUUGCAUUAUAUUUUGUUACGUUUGGCAUAUUGGGCUGUACAAACUCGCAAGACUUUCAAGAUGAAAUAUAUCGAUUUUCAUAUUA